AUGACGUCGCCGGGCGCGCCGAGCCCGGGUCCGCGGUCGCCCCGGUUUCGGUGUUCCCGGCCAGGCGCUGCUCCGCGCUGUAGCCGCGGAUGCUUGCGCGGCAGAGAGUCACUAGGCUUGAGGCCGCCGCGGACUCGCUGCCAGCUCCGCUCCCGGCUGUUACGCUGAAGAAAUGAGUGGCGGCUUGGCUCCAAGUAAGAGCACGGUUUAUGUAUCCAACUUGCCCUUCUCCCUGACAAACAAUGAUUUAUAUCGGAUAUUUUCCAAGUAUGGCAAAGUUGUGAAGGUUACUAUAAUGAAAGACAAAGACACACGGAGGAGUAAAGGUGUUGCAUUUAUUUUGUUUUUGGAUAAAGACUCUGCCUUAAACUGCACCAGAGCGAUAAAUAACAAACAGUUAUUCGGUAGAGUGAUAAAGGCAAGCAUCGCUAUUGACAAUGGAAGAGCAGCUGAGUUCAUCCGAAGGCGAAACUACUUCGAUAAAUCUAAGUGUUAUGAAUGUGGGGAAAGUGGACACCUAAGUUAUGCCUGUCCUAAAAACAUGCUUGGAGAACGUGAGCCUCCAAAGAAGAAGGAGAAGAAGAAGAAGAAGAAAGUCCCUGAACCAGAAGAGGAGGUUGAAGAAGUAGAAGUGAGUGAAGAAGAAGGGGAGGAUCCAGCUCUGGACAGUCUCAGUCAAGCCAUAGCAUUCCAGCAAGCCAAAAUUGAAGAGGAACAAAACAAAUGGAGACCCAGUCCAGGGGGUCCCUCAACCUCAGAUGAUUCUAGACGACCAAGGAUAAAGAAAAGUGCAUAUUUCAGUGAUGAAGAAGAACUUAGUGAUUAAAAUUGUAUUUAUUUUGUAAAUAUUAUUCAAAUAAAAUCUUACUGUAUAAAAUGCA